AACUUCCAACCGACCGCCUCCUCAUCCGGGCUGAUGCCGCUGAUGCCCGGGCCGGGCGCCGAGUUCGCUAAUUUCGGCGAUCGAGACAUCCUGCUGGGAUUAACGUCCGAGGAAGCCUGGGUCAGCCUCACCGACGACGAUCUACAGAACGGUUUGAACGAGACGAGGAGGGAUCGUAUCCUGCGCACGUACGUGCGAAACACCUAUCGCUACCACCUUCACGAGAUCUACUCGACCCUCCGCAACGAGUACACGGACUGGGAGAGGGGCGAGCAGAGCCCGUCAGCGAUCUGCGAGGGUCUGCUCUCGUUGCUCGGUGACGGCCAGGUGGCCGCUCCUCUUCUCAGGCUGGCACUGUUGCACUCGACCGCCGGGGGACGUGGCUACUUUCUGCACUUUCAGCUCGGUGACCGGCCGAGCCAGAAGGGCGAGGAGGUCCCCUAUCUCCUGGGGAUACCUCUGCUUCGCGCGGACGACCUGCCCGUUCCCUUCGGCCAGGCCAACUACACGCCGACCGACGAGAACCUGUCCAAAUUGCUGGUCCACUAUUUGGCCAACUUCGUCAGACGUGGGGACCCGAACGGUGUCAGCCCGCUGACAUCGGGAUCCGACGGACUUCCGAGCAGCCCGCCGUUUUGGGAUUCGUACGACUCGAUAAAUCAGCUGUACCUGGAAGCCGGCCGUAGCACGGAAAUGCGGUCGCAUUACAGAGGCCACAAGAUGUCGCUGUGGCUGAAUCUGUUGCCGCAGCUACACCGACCAGGCUACGAGAUCAGCAUGCGCCACCAUCACCUGGCCGACAGCCCCAGCCUGUACGAGGGUGCAGUGCGGCCGCAGACCAUGGCGCUCCCGUUACCGGCGCCCCCGCUUCCGGUGCCCUCGCCCACACAGCCAUCCUCCAUCUCGAGCGCCUCGAUAUCGACUACCGAGUGCACGCCGAACGCUACCGUGGCCACCACCGUGGCAACCACCUCGUCCAGGCCGUUGCAACACUCGAACCUCGGCCCGGGGCCUAACAACCUCUUGAGGAAACUAGCAUCCAGUCACUACCAAAGCUACACCACCGCCCUCACCGUCACCAUAGCCGUCGGUGUGUUCCUACUGCUGCUCAACAUCCUCAUAUUCGCCGGCAUUUACCACCAGAGGGACCGGAACACCUCGAACGUCACCGGCGGCCUGUCCUCCGCCUUUGGCGACAAGAAGAAGGAAGAGCUGCUCGAGGCUGGAUGCUCCGGCAUCGAGAGGUCCUCCAGCGGCAAGCAAAGGCUGUCCUCGUUGAACCUGAUGGACUCGCCGUCCUCGAGCCCGCCCACCCACAAGACGAAACUGGCGCAGGAACUGGAGCUACAGUUGCAAGAGUUUCAGUGUUCACCGCCGCCGGGUGGUGGCAAGCGUGUGCUCGAGCCACCGCUCUACAGCAGAAGCCCCUGCGUCCAGAGGACGCGCACUCCGUCACCCUGCGUGGACGCCACUACCGCCAGGAUGGACGACGACGACGACGACGACGACGACGACGAUGACGACGAAGACGAUGACGGCGGCGGCGGCGGCGGCGAUGACAACGACGACGAGAACCUUCCGGAACCACCACCGCCGCCCAAGGUUCCGGCCCCCAACGUCACCCUGUCCUGCCCGGGGAUCCUCAGGCAACCCGGCACGCCUGGCAGCACCAAGAAACGCGUUCAAAUCCAAGAGAUCUCCGUGUGA